AUGUUGUCGCAACUUCUCCUGGGGCUGCUUACCCCAAUUCUUUGUCAUGCCACUCCAGUGGACUUCGACAUUAGUCGGCGAGCUGGCAGCAGCGAUCAACCCGAACUUCCAAGACUGAAGCCCGUCGUCCGAUGGGAUCGAGACCUGGAGGAAUGGACCGAUCUUGUCCCACAAACUGCGCAGCAGCUCUACUUCGGCUCCGAUGACCCAAACGAAAGACAUCAGUUCGCUGACAUGUCAGGGAACUUCACUGGAAAAGCCGUCGUGUUGCAACGUUCGGCCUUCGUUACUAAUGUCAAGUGCACCCCCAAGUCGAUCGAGGUCACUCUCUCGAACAACGCCGCCUAUUCCAUGGUCGAGACUGAAUGGCAAGCCGUGGACGACUUCAUGCUAGUCACCAACUCCGACUCCUGUGGCCACCUCUCGGAACAGUUCAGUUUCUGGGACGUCAAGACUCUCAAGUUCUCCGCCAAGACGUUGACGGUCAAGGCAUCUGUCGACCGGGAGCUCGACAUCGGCACUGUGCUUGGUGAGGUGAAGUUGUCCUGGGGCACCUGGGAACCCGGUCCACCUCUGCGUCACACGCCACGAGCAGCAACGGGUCACCGUCUGAUGCGUCGUUGUGAUAUAUGGAGCCCCUUGGAGUGCGGCAAGAAAGCCGUGAACUAUGCAGUCGACAAGGUCAAGUCGGGACUCAGUGCCGGCGCAGAGCUGGUGCUCAAAUACCAUCCUGGUAUUGUGGUGACGAGCGCACCAGCUCCUGCGAAGUGGAAGAAUCCUGGAGUGUUGAAGAAAAUCACCAAAGGUGAAACCAUAAAGGGCGUCAAGAUUGAUGGUUCCGUCGGCCUGUACUACGUCGACUGCCACUUGACAGGAAAGAUCAAUGUUCAGGGCCGUGCCGAGUUCACCAGUGAUGGCCUUUCUGCCCUGUACGCCGCAUGCGACGCUGACUUCCAAGGCCAAUUUGCCAUCGGACUGGCAGCAGAGGUCAAGAUCGACUACGAGGUCGAUGUCUGGGCUUGA